AUGACGGACCCAGACCUCAACAAUAAGCUCGAUAGACUACUCACUCUAUUGGAAGCACAGCUAGAGCUUACCAGACAGGUCUCAUUCAACCUGGAUGAGCAGGAGGACAUCAACUAUGAGAAGUAUGCUUCACCUACUGGGCCAAGAUAUGUCAAGACUAAGCUGGACCCCUACAGCAGGACUAGGACGGACCCUUACCCCCUGGACCACAAGGAGGAUACCAGCAUCAUGGCAGAGCUUAACCGGUCAAAGCCCAUCGCCACCCCCUUUCCAAAGUUCAAUCCCCGAGACAUGGAGAUCUUCAUUCUAGAAGCCGAAGCAUGGUUUAAGUUCAACCAGGUGUAUGAGCAGUCUAGGAUGAUCAAUCACAUGGGUGCUCAACUGGAAGGGACAGCAAGAGAGUGGUGGACCUCCAAGCUCCGUAUUGAUAGAGCUAGAGAAGGAAGGUUGUUCAAUGAUUGGCACUACUUCACAGAGCGACUGUCAGAACAGUUCAACCCACGCAAUGCUAGGAUGGAGGCAUACAACAAGCUGUUGGCUCUCAGACUCACAAGUGAUGCUCCUGGUGCUGCCACAUGUCAUGUAGAGCGGUUCAGAGACUUGGAGGGACAGGUCAACCUAGAUGACAACGAGCUAGUAAUUGAUCUCUUCAGAGGAAGUCUCACUUGCAGCAUACAGGAGAAGUUCGAGAGGAAUCCACCUGGGAAGAGAUGGGAGUGGUACCGAGAGGUUGAGGAGAUCGAUCGACAGAGGAUGCUACUACAGCAUGGAGGCAAAGCAGUACUGGAGCUCUCUGGAAUGGUUCAAGACCAUCCUGCUUGGAUACUAGCUGAUACCGGUGCUGGUUUGUCCAUAGUCUCAGAUUCUUUCAUUAGUAAGUACCAAAUACCCACAAAACCCAUAAAAACAAGAUCGAUCCAUGGUGUCACCAGGCACCAACUCUCCAUCAAUAGUUCUGCGAGCAUGCAGGUAUCUAUUGGUACACACAAUCUGGGUGUGGUCGAAGCUUCAGUGGCCGACACUGUGGACUAUGACCUCAUCCUGGGGUUCACUGAGCUACGGAGGCUCAAACCCACCAUACAAUGGGAUAUGGGCCAGCUGGAGUUCAAGACUCAGGAGCAGGACCGACCCCCAAGGAGACCCCCUGAGGCAGCAAGAGCAGGGGACCUAACCAUGAGGAGACCAACCCUUCAUGGUAACGAGUUUGUCUCAGCAGAGCGCAUACUACGAGCAGCUCUGGAAGAUGGACCCAUAGGGUUCAUGCUGUUGGAGGAGCCACCAUCAUCACUCCCAGCCUUUGGUUUUGUACCUACAGGCGCAGACAAAGGAGUCGAGAUGGAGGUGGAAGUAGACAAGGUGGUGACGGCUGCAGACAUACCAAAGCCAUACCAACACCUGCAAGAUGUGUUUGAUGAGGUGGAAGCAGACAAGCUGCCCCAUCAUACCGGGCAUGAUCUCCACCUCGAGUUGAUAGAAGGAGGGAAGCCACCUCAAGGGCCCCUAUACCUUAAGGGACCCAAGGAGAUGUCCGAGUUGAGGAGAUACUUGGAUGAGAACCUCGAGAAGGGGUUCAUAAGACCAUCGAAGAGCCCGGCACGAUCACCAGUGCUCUUCGUACCAAAGAAGGAUGGAGGUCUCAGACUCUGUGUGGACUACAGAGGUCUCAACGAGAUCACUGUCAAGAACAGGGCACCAUUGCCCCUCAUCGAGGAGCAGCUGUUCUUACUCAGGAAGGCAAGGAUCUAUACCAAGCUAGACCUUAGAGCAGCAUACAACCUCAUCCGGAUUGCUAAAGGAGAUGAAUGGAAGACAGCUUUUGGCACUCAGUUGGGACUCUAUGAGUACCUAGUGAUGCCCUUUGGCCUAGCCAAUGCUCUGGCUCACUUCCAUGACACUGAGGAGGUACAUGUGAAGCAUGUCACCAAGGUCCUCACUCACUUGAGGAGCAACAGGCUCUUUGCCAAGCUGUCGAAGUGUGAGUUCCACACCAAGAUAGUCGAGUUCCUGGGAUACAUCAUCAAGCCAAUGGGUAUAGAGAUGGACCCAGAAAAGGUGCGCACUGUCAAAGAGUGGCCAAUGCUGGAGUCAAUCCAUGACAUCCAGAGGUUCCUGGGUUUUGCCAACUUCUAUCGAAGGUUCAUAGCCCACUUUGCUUGCAUAGCCAAGCCAUUGACAUCACUGGUAAAGCCUAUAGAACGGUUCAAGAAGUUCGAGCUACCAGAGGAGGCCCAACAGGCCUUCCACAAGCUCAUCCAGGCCUUCACAUCAGCAGGAGUGCUUCAGCACUUCGACUACCACCUUCCAACAAGGAUGGAGACUGAUGCAAGUGACUUUGCUAUAGCAGGAGUACUCAAGCAGGAGCAUGAAGGACAAUGGCAUCCAGUGGCCUUCUACUCUAGGAAGAUGUCUUCUGCUGAGAAGAACUAUGAAAUCCAUGACAAGGAGCUCCUAGCUGUGGUCGUCUGCCUUACUCAGUGGCGACACAUGCUAGCUGGACUACUGAGCCAACUGGUCAUCCUCACCAACCAUGAAGCCCUCAAGUACUUCAAGUCACAGAGACACAUCACAGGUCGAGACAAAGGUGGUGAACCCGAUGCUCUCACCAGAAGGACAGACAUGCAACCAGCUGGUGAAGAGCAGGAUCACAAUGUGAGGCAACUACUGCCUCCUCGAGUGUUCAAGGAGACAGCAUACCAUGACUUGAUCCUAGUGGCCCCCAUGAUCUCAAUGGAGUCCAUAGCAUCAAAAGGUCUCAGAGACCUGGUCAAGAUCUUCCAGCCCUUAGACCAAGAGCUACAGGAGAUACAUAGGAAGAAGCCCUUUGAGGUCAAGGAUGACCUAUGGUACAGUGGAGGAAGGUUGGUUAUCCCCAAAGUGAUCAUGCCAGGGAGGACCAACAACCGACACUCAAGGAGUGCCAAAGAGGUAGAUGGACAGUCUCUCUCUGUAGAGCACCUGCGAUUCAUGGUGAUGACUCAAUGCCAUGAUGGCAUCACUGCUGGACACGUGGGAAGAGAUGCUACCAUCAAGGCAGCUCAACGACAUUACUGGUGGCCAAACAUGACAGCUUGGAUUGCAGACUAUGUAGAAAGUUGUCCUGUAUGUGCUAGGUACAAAGCUCCUCGUCACCAUCCAUAUGGUUUGCUACAGCCACUAGCAACACCAGACAGGCCCUGGGGCUCCAAAUCCCUCGACUUCAUUGAAGGACUACCACCAUUGAAGAAGUAUGACUCCAAGACCUAUGACUCUAUCUUAGUCAUUGUCAACAGGUUAACCAAGUUUGCCAUACUAGCUCCAACCCAUAACACAGUCACGGCCAAACAGACUGCAGUGUUGCUAUAUGGACACAUGGUUAGACUCUUCGGAUACCCAGAUCACAUGGUCUCGGACCAAGGCAGGCAGUUCAUAUCAGGAGCAUGGAAGGCAUUCGCAGAACAAAUGGGUGUGAAGCACUCACUUAGCAUGGCUUACCAUCCUCAAACCAAUGGUCAGACAGAGAGGGUCAAUCAGGUCAUAGAGCAAUACCUAAGGAUGUACUGCAACUAUGAGCAGGAUGACUGGGCCAACCUGCUGGACACUGCAGCCUUUGUAUACAACAACACGGUCCACAACAGCAUUGGUGUCUCACCAUUCUUUGCAUGCUAUGGAUGGAACCCCAAAGCUCAUCCUGACAUCCCUCAACAACUAGGAGUCAAUGAUCCAGGUUGCUUUGAGUACCUCAUGGAUGGAAAGGAGUGUUGCAAGUACCUCCAGGAGCAGAUCAGAGAGGCACAACAAAGAUCAGUAGACCAGUAUAACAGGAAGCACAAAGACAUCGAGUUUAAGGUGGGUGAUAUGGUCUAUAUCAACUGUCGAAACUGGAAGACUAGGAGACCCACACCCAAGUUAGAUACCUGGUUUGCAGGACCCUACCCAGUUCAGGAAUGGCCAGCAAGAACAAGUUCUCUUCCUCAACAUGCUGAACAGCCCACCAUACCAUCACUUCCAGAUGAGGACCUUGACUUCGAAGUCGAAGCACUCAUUGACAAGCGUUCACACAAUGGGACUACAGAGUACAAAGUGUUGUGGAGAGGGUACUCAGAAGAAGCUGCUUCAUGGGAACCAGUGGAGAAUCUCAACUGCCCCGACCUCAUCCAGGAGUAUGAGGUGUCGGAGGGGGGACGAGCGAGUAGACAAAGUAGAGAGAGGAGGAGAGCACAGGAGGAGUAG